AUGUUGGUCAAGACUCAUCAUUUAGGAGGUGUUCUCGUGCUUGGUGAGCGAUCAGUGACGUUUGUUUCGGAUGCCCACCUUUUCAACAAGGAUGAAGAAGUUGAUGUACCACAGUCAUUCACUUUUGAGGACCAUCCCCUAGACGUUGCCGUUUUCGACGAUACCAGUGAGGUAGCGCUUCUGUUUGGAACCUAUUCAGUGGCCCUCUAUUGUUACGAAGUAUCACCUCUGAAACUCACAAUGCAAAGUCACGUCCGAUCGGAGAGAUUUGCACUGAUUCUGAGCACCAUCUUUGUCGGAUCUGCAUGGGGUGAUCUGGUUGUUGUGGCUGGUACCAUGGAUGGAGAAAUUUUAGUGACUGUUCCAUCUACUGGUCCAGCAAUACGAGCAAAAUUCGAGGGUCACCGAGGAAUGAUUUUUGGGCUUGAUCUGUAUAAGGGUAGGCUGUAUUCAAUUGCUGACGAUCGACGCCUCUGUGUGUGGGAUGCGAACAUUCUGGACAGCGUACCAACUGAUUCGGCUGGCGUAAAAGUUUUACGAAUACUGGAUGCUCAAUUUGGUCAUGCCGCUCGCCCUUACUCGAUAUGUCAUGAUAGCGAUGGAAAUGUCUACACCGCCGGUGACGACGAGGUUAUUUGUAAAUGGAUCGUGGAAGACAACCGCCUCAAAAUGCUGUACCAAAGAGAAAUUCGAGCCGGUUCGGUCCGAGCACUCCGCGUUAUAGGAGCACAAUUGUAUAUCGCUUCUGGGAGCGGUGCACUAGCCACUGUACCCACUGAUGAGCUUACGGAGGAUUUCGAAGUCCGGUGUAUACCGAUAGCGAACGUUCGCGCUUUUGCCAGAUUGCAUGAUAGGAUUCAUUGUCUGGAGGAAAACAGCUGCGAUGAACUUCAUGAAGGCAUCAGAUCAAUCGCAAGAAGUCCACUAUAUGCUUCCGCUCCUCUUAUUCUCGCGCUUAUUGGAGACACGUUUUGCCACUUUGUUAUAGAACAACGUGUCGUGUGGGCUAGGUGUGAGUUUAGCUCCCAUGUCCUCUCCGUGACGAUAUGCGAAAAUUUCUCCUUCGUAUACAGUACUGAUCGCGCCGGCGUUCUACUCGACGUCGUAAACAAAAAAGUAAUCGCAAGAUUCGGUUUUUCUGCAAUACUGUCGAGAUAUGGAAUAAAAUCACACGUCAGGAUAACUUCGAUGACUGUAAUGAGCAACGAACAAUCAGUGUUUAUCAUGCUCGGGACUGUGUCUGGUCAUGUGUUUUUCACAAGUUUUGCGAGCGGAUGUGCUGAUGUAUCGACGAUGUUCAGCAUGCGGGAGGUUUAA